UGAACCGUAUUUAUGGAAGCACCGCCAAUCAGAAGACAGAAACCCCAGCUCUAAGCCAUGAAUCGCAUAGUCGUCGUCCUCUUCUUCCUUGGCCUCUACGCCUACGGUUCGGCCUCGGCGGGUAGGGACCUGCCUGGAGACCAUCUCCGAUUGCCCUCUGAAGCUUCGAGAUUCUUCGGCAGAGUUGGUGGUGCCGUUGAUGAUAAAGACGACGACUCAUCAGGGAUCCGAUGGGCGGUUCUGAUUGCCGGCUCCAACGGUUACUGGAAUUACAGGCAUCAGGCUGAUAUUUGUCAUGCCUAUCAACUCCUGAGGCAAGGUGGUUUGAAAGAUGAAAACAUAGUUGUUUUCAUGUAUGAUGACAUUGCUUUCAAUGAAGAGAACCCUAGGCCCGGAGUUAUCAUUAACAGCCCACAUGGCCAUGACGUGUACGACGGAGUGCCGAAGGAUUAUACUGGGGAAAAUGUUACUGUUGACAACUUUUUUGCAGUUCUCCUUGGAAAUAGAACUGCUCUUACAGGGGGCAGUGGGAAGGUUGUGGAUAGUGGUCCCAAUGAUCAUAUUUUUGUAUAUUAUAGUGAUCAUGGGGGUCCUGGUGUGCUUGGGAUGCCUACCAGUCCUUACCUCUAUGCUGAAGAUCUGAUAGAAGUCCUGAAGAAGAAGCAUGCUUCAGGGACCUAUAAAAGUUUGGUAUUUUAUCUUGAAGCUUGCGAGUCUGGUAGCAUAUUUGAGGGCCUCCUUCCUGAAGGUUUGAACAUCUAUGCAACUACAGCAGCAAAUGCAGAAGAGAGCAGCUGGGGAACUUAUUGCCCUGGAGAUUAUCCUAGUCCUCCACCUGAGUAUGGAACCUGCUUGGGGGACUUGUAUAGUGUUGCUUGGAUGGAAGACAGUGACAUUCACAAUAUGCGGACAGAAACCCUGCACCAGCAGUAUGAACUGGUCAAAAGAAGGACUGCUAGUGAAAAUUAUGCUUACGGCUCUCAUGUCAUGCAAUAUGGUGACAUAGAUCUUAGCAAGAACAAUCUCUUCGUGUAUAUCGGUACAAAUCCUGCAAAUGACAACUACACUUACAUUGAUGAAAACUUUUUGAGGCCAUCUAAGAAGGCGAUCAACCAGCGGGAUGCCGAUCUUGUCCAUUUCUGGGAUAAGUACCGCAAGGCUCCAGAAGGCUCUCCCAGGAAAGUUGAAGCUCAGAAGCGGUUUGUUGAAGCUAUGUCACAUAGGAUGCAUUUAGAUGACAGCGUCAAACUUAUCGGGAAGCUACUAUUUGGAAUUGAGAAAGGUCCAAAGGUUCUCAACAAUGUUCGACCUGCUGGGCAACCUCUUGUUGAUGACUGGGGCUGCCUUAAGACUCUGGUGCGGACUUUUGAGACACAUUGCGGAUCACUAUCUCAGUACGGGAUGAAACACAUGCGGGCCUUUGCAAACAUUUGUAAUGCUGGGAUUCUGAAGGAGCAGAUGGCUGAUGCAUCAGCUCAGGCUUGUGUCUCCUUUCCUUCUGGGCCCUGGAGCUCUCUGCACAAGGGAUUCAGUGCAUGAUUCAACCUCAACGCAUGACUUGAAUGCCAAAACUUGAAAUGUGGUGAUAUACAUAAAUAUUAUAUUGUCUUGCUGUAUUUUAAUGAUGGCUCUUAUGAUUGCUUCAGUGUGGAAUGUAAAUAGAAUCAAGAUCUUCAGACAGGCUUCUCUGUACUGGACUACAUAUUUGAAAUGUAAUUAAUAUGACAGUACUUGUAUUGUUGAUAUGAAUUUGCACAUGAUUUUC